ACCCUCAUGCUAUUUGCUAGUGUCACUUGACUCAUCUUGCUUAUAAAAAUUGGUCCUUUCUCAACUCUCAUCCUUACCCACCAUACCACUCUCUUCAAUUAUUUUCUCGUCUCUGUUUUGAUAGUCCAAAACCCAACGCAACAGAUCAACAAUGGUGCCCCUUAAGACGACAGAGAUGUGGGCGACAAUGGGGUCGACCAUAGCUAGCUUCAUGUUCGUGUGGGCAAUCGUACGGCAGUACUGUCCGUACGAGGUUCGCCGCUUCUUCGAGAAGUACACGCACAGGCUCAUGGGCUACUUCUACCCUUACAUUCGAAUCUCCUUCCAUGAAUUCGUUGGAGAUCGGCUCAAACGUAGCGAAGCCUACGCAGCCGUAGAGGCGUAUCUCAGUGCCAACACAUCAAAAAGCGCAAAAAGGCUCAAAGCAGAAAUGGGUAGAGACAGCAGCAACCUCGUACUCACCAUGGACGAGUACGAGAGGGUGGCGGACGAAUUUCAGGGCGUCAAAGUUUGGUGGGUUUCGAGUAAGAUUAUGUCUCCGACAAGGUCCAUGCCUUUUUAUCAAGAACAGGAGAAGAGGUUGUACAAGCUGACUUUUCAUUAUAAAUACAGAGACACCAUCACUGGCUCGUAUCUGGAGCAUGUGAUGAGAGAAGGGAAGGAAAUACGCCUGAGGAACAGGCAGAGGAAGCUGUACACGAACAGUCCUGGCUAUAAAUGGCCAAGUUAUAAGCAGACAAUGUGGAGUCACAUUGUAUUCGAGCACCCUGCUACGUUUGACACAAUGGCUAUGGAGCCGGAGAAGAAGAAGGAGAUCAUUGAGGAUUUGUUGACAUUCAGUAAAAGCAGAGAUUUUUAUGCAAGAAUUGGUAAAGCGUGGAAAAGGGGUUAUCUGUUGUAUGGUCCUCCUGGUACUGGGAAAUCUACGAUGAUUGCAGCAAUGGCUAAUUUGUUGGCAUAUGAUGUGUAUGAUCUUGAGCUUACCGCGGUCAAGGAUAACACAGAGCUGAGGAAGCUUUUGAUCGAGACAACCUGUAAGUCUAUAAUUGUGAUCGAGGACAUAGAUUGCUCUCUUGAUCUUACAGGGCAGAGGAAGAAGAAAUCAGAGAUAUCCUCAGAGGAUGAUGGGGAUAAGGUGAAUGCAGACAUGGGAAGGAAAGAAGCAAAGGAAGAAGGCGGCGGCAGCAGCAGCAAAGUGACGCUUUCAGGACUUCUGAAUUUCAUAGAUGGAAUUUGGUCUGCAUGUGGAGGGGAGAGACUGAUUGUGUUUACAACUAAUUAUGUGGAGAAGCUUGAUCCUGCACUAAUCAGGAGGGGUCGAAUGGACAAGCAUAUAGAGCUAUCGUACUGCAGUUUUGAUGGGUUCAAAGUGCUUGCCAAGAACUACUUGAAGAUUGAAACACAUCCUACGUUUGAUACAAUAGAGAAGCUACUAGGGCAGAUGAAGAUCACCCCAGCUGAUGUUGCUGAGAACCUGAUGCCGAAGUCUCCCAUGGACGAUGCAGAAAGAUGUCUUUCAAGCUUGAUUGGAGCGCUUGAGGAGGUCAAGAAAGCUUCAGCUACCGCAAAGGUGGAGGAACAGAAACAACGUGUUCCAAUUAUAAAGGAAAAUGGUGAGUUUACAGGUGACACAGAGACUGCCAAAGCAAUGAAUCAUUACCAGCUAUAGUCCAUCAAUUACCUUGUUGUAUAAAAAGAUUCUUGCCCAGGGCAUGGUGUGAGGCAGAUUUGUCAUUAUAUUACUAGACGGGUAUUAUUGUAUCUUUUUUCCA